ACAAAAACAAACAUGGCAAGUGAUGAGCCACGUGAGACGAUGAACGAGCAAACAGACGACGAAAAACAAGUAAAUGCCAGCGAAACGGAUAAAGUGAUCCACGAAGGACAAGCUCAAAUCAAUGUGAAGAGUCAGGACAAGGUAUUCUACAACCCUGUCCAAGAAUUCAAUCGAGACGUGAGCGUGGCGAUUCUGAAUUUGAUUGCUGAAGACAUCAUCAAUGAAAGCAGAAAGAAAAAUGAAUCGGAUACGCCAACGUUUCGGAUUCUCGAGGCCCUUUCUGCCACUGGGUUGAGGAGCAUUCGUUAUGCUAAGGAAAUAAUUGGGGUGACUGAAGUGGUUGCCAAUGAUCUGUCCAAGCGUGCAGUGGAAAUGAUCAAGCAAAAUGUCCUGGACAAUAAUGUGCAGAGUAUUGUCACCCCAAAUCAUGCAGAUGCAACACUUUACAUGCAUCAGCACCGAAACCAGUUUGACGUAAUUGACUUGGAUCCCUUCGGUUGCCCUUCGAUCUUCCUUGACUCGGCAGUCCAGAGUGUGAAAAACGGAGGUGUCCUUCUCGUCACUGCUACCGACAUGGCUGUUCUUGCUGGGAAUUCAGCUGAAACUUGUUUUGUCAAAUAUGGCUCGGUUUCCAUCAAAUCAAAGUGUUGUCACGAAAUGGCCCUCAGGAUACUCCUUCAUUGCAUCUCGUCUCAUGCAAAUCGUUAUGGGAAGUACAUCGAGCCUUUGUAUUCAAUGAGUGUCGAUUUCUAUGUCCGAGUGGCUGUUCGAGUGAGAAACGGUGCCAGCAAAUGCAAAUACACAACCAGCAAACUUUCCAUGGUUUACCAUUGCGUUGGCUGCGGAACAAUCACCCUUCAGCCUCUCGGAAACUGCCAGGAAAGAGACAAUGGAGUUCCAAAAUUCACAGUGGCUCACGGUCCGACAGUAAAUUCCAGUUGUGAGCAUUGCGGAUUUCGGCACCAUUUAGGGGGUCCAAUUUGGACAGGCCCAUUGUAUUCAAAACCGUUACUGGCCCGACUCUCGAAUUGGUGCGGACUCGAAUCUCUCGGAACAUUCAAGAGAAUCCAAGGAAUUGUUGCUGUGAUGGAAGAAGAGCUAGAAACACCACUCUACUUCACCACUGACCACCUUUGUGGUGUUCUGAAAUUAGAAGCUAUGCCUAGCACAACAAUUAGAUCAGCCAUCCUAAACGCAGGAUACAAAGUUUCCUACUCGCACUGCAGCCGCUACUCCCUGAAGACGGACGCUCCGGCCUCUGUUGUUUGGGACGUGAUGCGUGCCUGGGACAAAGAGAAACCAGCGCGACGGGAUAAAUUCUCUGCAAAUAGCGCCCCUCUUGCAAUUUUGAGCAAGGAGUCCAAAAUCAAAGUUGACUUCACCCCUAAUCCCAAAGCCAACCCUCCUUCUCGAGAGGCAGGACUGAUUCGCUUUCAACACAACCCUUCAGCUUUCUGGGGACCUGGUGCCAGAUCUCAUGCCAGAGUUUUGGGAGAGGACACGCAAGCCAAAAGCAGACAAAAUCAAGGUAAGAGGAAAGCUAAGGACUCCGAAAUUCCUUGUGUGACAAAGCAACAGAAAUCUGACAAUGUUUAAUUAUUUUUAAGAAAUAUAUCAAAUUCUAUUCUAUUAAAUAAUUCAAGUUUUCAAUAAUUUA